GGUGGGGCUUGUUAUUGCAGUCUCUUGGCUGACCCUGCCUCAAAGCAGCUGCAGUAUUGAGUAUAUUUUUUUUAAUAAAUAAAUAAAUAAAGCGGGGCGAGGGGAGUGUGUGACGGCGCGAUAUAGGAUGGCUCCCCGGCGCCUUUUCUGACCCGCGCUGGGUUCCUUUUAGCACCGCCGCCGAGUUUGGGUGGGCUAGGGGCUUGCAAAGGUGGGCGGGCUAGGCGAGUGAGCGGCGCGACUCGGCCCUGCAAGGCUUGAUUGUCAGGCGCUGUGGGUAGGAAGGGCGAAGGGGCGGCAGUGGCAGGAGCACCCACCAGCAACCACCGCUUUUGUCCGGCGGGGCAGCGCCGGCAGGCCGGGCUUAGGCGCGCGCAACGAAGGCAGAAGCGCUGCUAAAGCUAGCUGCUUGCCCGCCUCUCCGCUCGGCCCGCCUGCCUUUUUGCCCCGCCUUUCUUGCUCCACCGCGGCGCCUUAGGCCGCCCAGAGCCAGCUGCCCUGGGCCCAGGAUGGGAUGCUGAAUCAGUCUCAAGGAUUCCCAAUGUUUUUGGAAACAGCAACAGAUACAGUAAGAUGAUGAGCAGCUGUGAUUCUGAAAAACUGAAAUUUGGAAUACUUGCACAUAAAUCCACAAAGAGAGAAAUUAUAGUAAUCAAGUUGAAAAGAAAUGAAGAACUCUGAAAGUUAACUGAAGGUAGAAUGGACGCCACAGUAAUAUUGCCUAUUCUGAAGAAAAAGCUAGCUUUUCUCUCAGGUGGGAAGGACCGAAGAAGUGGCCUCAUUCUGACAAUUCCAUUAUGCCUUGAACAAACCAAUAUGGAUGAGCUGAGUGUCACCUUAGACUACCUGCUAAGCAUUCCAAGUGAAAAGUGUAAAGCCAGAGGAUUUACUGUUAUAGUGGAUGGUAGAAAAUCUCAAUGGAAUGUUGUGAAGACUGUCGUGUUAAUGCUACAGAACGUUGUUCCGGCUGAGGUAUCCCUUGUUUGUGUAGUAAAACCAGAUGAAUUCUGGGACAAGAAAGUCACUCACUUUUGUUUUUGGAAAGAAAAAGAUAGACUUGGAUUUGAGGUUAUUUUAGUAUCUGCCAACAAGCUGACUCGAUACAUAGAACCAUGCCAGCUGACAGAAGAUUUCGGAGGGAGUCUUACAUAUGAUCACAUGGAUUGGCUGAACAAGAGGCUGGCAUUUGAAAAAUUUACAAAAGAAUCUACAUCCUUACUGGAUGAGCUUGCCUUAAUCAACAGUGGAAGCGAUAAAGGAAACCAGCAGGAGAAAGAAAGGUCUAUAGACAUAAAUUUCCUUCCAUCUGUUGAUCCUGAGACCGUUCUACAGACAGGUCAUGAAUUGUUAUCUGAAUUGCAACAACGCCGCUUUAAUGGUUCAGAUGGGGGGGUCUCAUGGUCUCCCAUGGAUGAUGAACUGCUUGCUCAGCCCCAGGUUAUGAAGCUGUUAGAUUCACUCAGAGAACAAUAUACACGUUACCAAGAAGUAUGCAGGCAGCGGAGCAAACGUACUCAGCUAGAAGAGAUUCAACAGAAGGUAAUGCAGGUGGUGAACUGGCUUGAAGGACCUGGUUCAGAACAGCUUAGAACCCAGUGGGGGAUAGGUGAUUCAAUUAGAGCUUCACAAGCUUUGCAACAGAAGCAUGAAGAGAUUGAAAGUCAACACAGUGAGUGGUUUGCAGUAUAUGUGGAACUUAAUCAGCAAAUUGCAGCUUUGCUGAAUGCUGGGGAUGAGGAAGAUCUUGUAGAACUGAAAGCGUUACAACAGCAGCUGAGUGAUGUCUGUUACCGGCAAGCUAGUCAACUGGAGUUUAGGCAAAAUCUGUUACAAGCAGCUCUGGAAUUCCAUGGUGUUGCCCAAGAUUUGUCUCAGCAACUAGAUGGCUUACUAGGGAUGUUGUGUGUAGAUGUUGCACCAGCUGAUGGAUCAUCAAUUCAGCAAACUUUAAAACUACUUGAAGAGAAGCUAAAAAGUGUUGACUUAGGUCUGCAAGGUUUGCGUGAAAAAGGUCAAAGUCUUCUUGAUCAAAUAUCUAACCAGGCAUCUUGGGCUUAUGGAAAGGAUGUAACCACUGAAAACAAAGAUAAUGUUGAUCACAUCCAGGGAGUGAUGGAUGAUAUGCAGCUCAGAAAACAAAGGUGUGAGGACAUGGUUGAUGUGCGCCGAUUAAAGAUGCUUCAGAUGGUUCAGUUGUUUAAAUGUGAAGAGGAUGCUGCUCAGGCUGUAGAAUGGUUAAGUGAAUUAUUAGAUGCUCUGCUUAAGACCCACAUCCGAUUGGGAGAUGAUGCUCAAGAAACCAAAAUUUUGUUGGAAAAGCAUCGAAAGUUUGUUGAUGUAGCACAGAGUACUUAUGAUUAUGGGAGGCAGUUACUACAGGCCACCGUCGUCCUGUGUCAGUCUCUGCGAUGCACUUCUAGGUCCUCAGGAGACACGCUUCCAAAACUGAACAGAAUAUGGAAACAGUUUACAAUAACUUCAGAAGAGAGGGUAACUAGGUUGGAGAUGGCUGUUGCAUUCCAUUCAAAUGCUGAAAAAGUUUUGCAAGAAUGCCCAGAUCAGCCUGAAUCUAUUAAUGACAUGGAGCAAUUUGAUGAAACUGAAGCUGUCGGGAAAUCACUUUUGGAUAGAUUAACAGUGCCUGUAGUUUAUCCUGACGGUACCGAGCAGUACUUUGGGAGCCCAAGUGAUAUGGCUUCUACAGCGGAACACAUUCGAGAGAAGAUAAAGCUAGUUUGUCUGAAAAAGCAGCAGCUGAGACAACCAGAAGUCUGUACAACAGAGAGCUAAUAGUCUGGACCUGUUUCUGCCAGUUCAUAAAGUAUUCAUUUGUAACGUAGCAGGUCAUCUGCAUUUUACUCCUGAUAUAAUACAUUAAAAAGUAUUUCCAAUCUGUUAAAAAAAAACAAAAAACCCUCAACUUUUUUUUGAAGUAAAGUUUAUUCUACAUCUUAAAAGUGUAUUUCUACCAAGCCAUAAUUAUGUAACAUGCUAUGAAACCAUAGACUUCAACUAUUAUCAAAAGGAACUGAAAACAUUGCACUGAAUCUUGCUCAGAAGCUUGAUCCGACCUGUCAGGUGGUAUUUUGCCUAAGCUGCUGAUGCAAGCUUUGAAGGUGCUAAUAAGUACAAGUUCCACACAAAAUAGUAACUCUCUUUAGUCUCAGACGAUGUAGUAUUUUUAGGCUGUAGGCAAGCUAUCUGUUGUGUAGACAGCGGUGACCCUAUAAUUUUGAUUUGUAUUACUUUUUAAAAUGGUCCUUUUUAUUGUGCCAAUAUGCAUCCCACCCAUCAAAUCUUUGAAUAUCAAAUUAAUUAUAGUUGGGGUUUUUUCCAAUUUGUAUGGAUACUGUAUUGAGAGCUGUUUUGUGAUUAAUAAUAAAAUCCAUCUUUUAAAACUGACAACUUUUAUGUAAGCUUGUAUUUCCUAGGGUGUAGUAGGGUAUUCAUCAGUAGAAGCUGAAGGCAACUGUUUCUCUUGCCAUUUAGCUUUGGAACAAGCAGUCCUCUUCCCUCUUAUGAUGUGAAAUGGAGGCACAUAUGUGUACACUUCAGAUCCUGGGGGGAAUAACUUCUUUAAAAAUGAGAUAAGAGGAAAUAAUCACUACAUUUCACCUGUUGUCCAAGGGCCAAACUAGAUGUGAAUUUAAACAUGUUGUUUGGCCUCCCUUGCUUUAUAGGUUUUGUAAAUGGCAGCCAUGGGGGAAUCCUGAUCCAGAUCAGGAAUAUUGCAGGAAGGGAACGGAGCCCUUCCUCUCUACAAUCCCAGUUCAAUUCUUCCCCUGGGAAUCUUUGCCCCAGGAUGAUGAACAUGGCCCUGAUCAGGACGAAGGCCCCCAGGUCUGCUGUGUGUGUGUUUUUUUUGUUGUUUGUUUGUUUGUUUGUUUUUGUUUUUAAGAUAAAGAGCCAAGCUAGAUGUUUAAUUUUUUUUGUCUGAUCUGGCCCUAAAUUAAAAAUAUCUGAGGAGCAAGAAGACAUGUCAAGAGGUGAAGGUAGGAGUAUAUAAAUACUCCUUGUUUUCAACUUCCUCCUGCCUUCUUAAGAGUGGUAAAUCAUGUAUAUCCAUUUGUAAAUGGAGAAAAACAGGAUUUACAUUAUAAGAAAGGGUUGGGAAGAAAACAUGGAAUGAAGAGGAUACAAGGAAGCAAGUGAAGAUAGGUAGGAGGUAAAGAAUGAUGAGAUGACUUGUAGGGUGUCCAGUUUUCCCCCAUGUCACUUUUUUUAAUUGUACAAGUGAACAUGGCAAGUAUGUAUUGUUAGUUCCAUGUUCAUGAAUGACAAAACCCAAGAUAACUAGGCAGUUUGUAUGCAAUUUCCAGAAUUGUUAUAUGCUACAUAUUAAUAGAUUGUUAAAUAUAGUCGAUAUGAUUAAAUUAUGUGCAGACUGUAUUUAUUCAUCCAAUCUGCAAAAGCCAAAUAAAGACCUUUUAUAUUUAUGAA